AUGGCCAGCAGGAUGGCGGAGGAGAAGGCCAUCACCGUCUGCGUGCGCCUGCGGCCCCUCAGCAGGAAAGAAGCUCUUGGAGGGGCUAUGCAAGAUCACUGGAAAACUGACAAUAAUACUAUUUAUCAAGUUGAUGGAAGUAUAUCCUUCAAUUUUGAUCGUGUCUUUCUCAAUAAUGAAUCGACUGAAAAUGUGUAUGAAGAAAUAGCAGUACCAAUCAUAGACUCUGCCAUGCAAGGCUACAAUGGUACUAUAUUUGCCUAUGGGCAGACUGCUUCAGGCAAAACAUAUACCAUGAUCGGUUCCAAAGAUGAUUUAGGAAUAAUCCCCAGGGCAAUUCAUGACAUUUUCAACAAAGUUAAGAAGUUUCCUGAUAGGGAAUUUCUCUUACGUGUGUCUUACAUGGAGAUAUACAAUGAAACCAUUACAGACUUACUCUGUGACACUCAAAAAAUGAAACCUUUAAUAAUUCGAGAAGACUUCAGUAGGAAUCCGUAUGUGGGUGAUCUCACAGAGGAAGUUGUUUAUACACCAGAAAUGGCUUUGAAGUGGAUCACAAAGGGAGAAAAGAACAGACAUUAUAGAGUUACGAAAACGAAUCAGAGAAGCAGUCGUUCUCAUGCUAUUUUUAGGAUGAUUUUGGAAAGUAGAGAGAAAGAUGAACCCUCUAAUUGUGAAGGAUCUGUCAAGGUGUCCCAUUUGGUGAGUGUUGAUGAACCAUGAUGAUGUACUCUACAGACC